AUGGGGAAUCAGACAAUUCUGAAUGAAUUAUUCCUCUCUGGACUGUCCGAUAUUCCGGCUCUUCAGCUCCCUCUCUUCCUCUUCUUCCUUCUCAUCUACCUUCUGACAUUAAUCUGGAAUUUGCUGAUCAUCUCCCUCAUAGUCAGUGACUCUCACCUCCACACCCCUAUGUAUUUCUUCCUUGGGAACCUGGCCAGUUUGGACCUCUGUUUUUCCUCCAUCACCGUCCCACAAAUGUUAUUUGACCUUCUCACCCAGAGAAGAAAGAUUACUAUAACGGCUUGUAUGACCCAAGUCUUCUUCUUUAUAUUCUUUGCAUCCUCUGAGUCUUUUCUGUUGGCUGUCAUGUCCUAUGAUCGAUAUACAGCCAUUUGUCAGCCAUUACAUUACAUACAGAUUAUGAACUGGAAAGUGUGUCUAACCUUGGCGUCCAUUGUGUGGUGUCUCGGUUCUUCCUAUUCUUUAGUUCACACACUUUGUGCAUUGAAACUAACAUUCUGUGAGUCAGCUAUUGUACAAAGUUUCUUCUGUGACCUUCCUCAGUUGUUACAGAUCUCCUGCAGUGACAUCUACAUCAACAUUCUGCUCAUCUUUGUCUUGGGAGGCUUCCUUGUAGCUGGUUCUCUAACACUGACCAUCCUGCCCUAUGUCUAUAUAUUCAAAACUGUCCUGAAAAUACAAGUUAAAGGUAAAAGGAGUAAAGUUUUCUCUACGUGUUCCUCUCACCUGACAGUGGUCUUCAUAUUUUAUUUCUCAGGUUCUUUUGAUUAUUUUCGCCCCGACACUAAUAAUCACUAUGCCGCUGACAAAGUGUUACCUGUGUUUUACACCGUGAUUGUUCCUCUCCUCAACCCUCUGAUAUACAGUCUGAGGAACCAGGAUUCCAGAAAAGCAUUUAAAUGUUCUUAUUCUGGUGUCAGCUAUAUAACAUUUUUGAUUUCCAAUCGCUCUUUUGAUCAAGAAAACAAUAAACGUGCCCUGGGCAUCGCAGUUUCGGUCCUGAAAUCUUAG